AUGGUGACGCGAUCGAAAUCGAGAGAAUUCGAGCAAGAAGUCGCUGUUGGCGUCAGGGAAGAAGUCAGCUCUUUUCUAAAAUCUGAAGAAUUCAGGAAGAUUGUUCAAAGUGCUGUGGCUGAAACGCUGAAGGCAUGCAUAGAUCAGCAUGUUCAACCUUUACAAGUCGAAGUUUCAGGUUUGAAAGACACCAUUGUUCGAGUUGAGGACGAACUCAUUGAAGCGAAGCAAUUGCUAAACGAGAAGGUUGUUGUUUUGCAAAAUGUGAUUGUCAAUCUUGAAGAGAAAGUGGCUAGACUUGCCACUAAAGCUAACGAUAACGAACAGUACUCGCGGCGCUAUAACAUUAGAGUAUCUGGUUUUCCCGAAGAAUCAGAUGAGAACUGUUCUUUGAAGGUUGGCCAACUCUGUCGUGAAACCUUAAUGCUACCAGAUUUUUCUGAGGAACAAAUCGAUAGAAUUCAUCGG